UAUGUAGAGAGGAUUGGACACUCCUCCUGCUCCACAAUAUUAUCAGCAAAAACAAAAUUCUGGUAAUACACUGCUGCUCCACGUGGGAGAAAUUACUGAGCAUCAAUUAACUGCUUUUUCAGGCCAAUUAUCUCUACUAGGUACUAGUGAGAGGAUCGGACGUCUUCUUCCAUGGAAUUCCAAGGAGUCUCUUCCUCGUCUUCUUCAACCGGUCGAUGGAGGUACGAAGUGUUCUUGAGUUUUAGAGGAGAAGAUACUCGCCACAAUUUUACUGCCCAUCUACACAAGGCUUUGGAUCAAAAGGGAAUCAACACCUUCAUAGAUGACGAGAAGCUUCGAAUCGGAGAGGAAAUUUCUCCAGCACUUCUCAGCGCCAUUGAAGGGUCAAGGAUUUCAAUCGUUGUGUUCUCUGAAACCUAUGCAUCAUCUAAAUGGUGCUUGGACGAGUUACUGAAGAUCGUUGAGUGUAAAGAAACAAAGGAACAAAUUGUUGUACCAGUGUUUUACAAGGUGGACCCAUCGGAUGUACGGCAUCAAAAGAAGAGUUAUGAAAAAGCAUUGUCUAGACUUGAAGAAAGGUUUAAGGAUGACAUCGAAGUGCAGAGUUGGAAGGCAGCCCUAACACAAGUCGCCAAUUUGUCCGGGUGGCAUUUAGAGAAUAACAGGAAUGAAGCUAAAUUUAUUGACAACAUCGUUCAAAAUGUCUUAAGAAUCGUAAAUGACACAUUCUUACUCGUUGCCAAGCAUCCAGUUGGAAUAAAGUCUCGUGUACAGCGGAUCAAUUCACUUUUAUGUAUUAAUGAGAUGAAUGAUAGACGUAUGGUAGGGAUCUUGGGAGCCGGUGGAAUUGGUAAGACCACUAUUGCCAAAGCUAUCUACAACUCGAUUGCCCCUCGGUUUGAAGGUAGUUGUUUUCUUCCGAACGUUAGAGAAACUUCUUUGGUCAAACUACAAAAUAAACUUCUUUCGAAAAUCCUAAGAAGUAUCGGGGAGGUUGACAGUGUUGAUGAAGGAGUUAAUGUAAUAAAGAAAAGGCUUUGCUCUAAAAGGGUACUCCUUAUUCUUGAUGAUGUGGAUCACUUGGACCAAUUAGAUAAAUUGGCUGGAAACGUUGAUUGGUUUGGUUUAGGAAGUACGAUCAUCAUAACGACCAGAGACAGGGAAGUAUUGACUGACCACGAAGUAGUUGAUGAUCUAAUAUAUGAGGUGGAGGAAUUGGACAUCAAUGAAGCUUUUGAGCUCUUUCGUUGGAAUGCUUUCAGAGAUGACGAAGCUACUGAUGAUCUUCUGGAACUAAUGAAAGAUGCAAUAAAUUAUGUUGGGGGCCUUCCGCUAGCUUUGGAAGUACUAGGUUCUUAUCUGUAUCGUAAAGAUAUAAGUCGAUGGAAAAGUGCAUUAAAUAAGUACAAAAGCAUUCCUCCCAAUGAUAUCCUACGAAGACUUCGAAUAAGUUACGAUGGAUUGGAUGAAAAUGAGAAGGUGAUUUUUCUUGACAUUGCAUGUUUUUUCAUAGGAAAGCAUGAUGAUGAUAUUAAAAAGCUAGAUGGUUUUGAUUACUCCUCAGUUGAUGGUAUCGGUGUGCUUAUAGAGAGGUCUCUCAUAACCCUCUCAAAAAAAGAAAGGUCUCUCAUAACCACUAGUAGAAACGGAUUAAUUGAAAUGCACAACCUGUUGCGGGACAUGGGUAGGGAAAUUGUUCGACUAGAAUCACCUGAAGACCCUGGCAAACGCAGUAGAUUGUGGCUUUAUGAAGAAGUUCGUCAAGUUCUCGAGGAUUGUACGGGAACAAUUGAAGUUCAAGGCAUAUUGUUAGAUUUACCUGAAGGAGACAUGCACUUAAGUUCUGAGGCCUUCAACAAAAUGAAAAGGCUUAGAUUGCUUAUGGUUAACGGUACUGUACACUUUUCUCCUGGGCCAAUUUUUCUUUCUAAUGAGUUAAGAGUGUUUGAUUGGCCUAAUUGUCCUUUGGAAUCUUUGCCACCCACUUUUCGUGGAGAGAAGCUUGUUAUGUUCAGAAUGCCUAGAAGCCGCCUCAAGAGAAUAUUGGAGGGAGUCCAGAAUUUUGGAAGCAUGAAAAUUAUGAAUUUCUGUGGAUGUAAAUUUCUAAAAAUAAUCCCUGAUGUUUCAAGCAUUCCAAAUUUAACGGAAUUGCUUCUUUCUAAGUGUACAAGUUUAGUUAAGAUUGAUGAUUCUGUUAGAGUUCAUGAUAAGUUAGUUUUGUUGUAUAUCGAUGGUUGCUAUAACCUUAGCAGUUUUCCGAGAAUCCUCAAGAUGAGGUCUCUAGAAUAUCUUUACGCUGGUGGUUGCUCAAGUCUAAACUACUUUCCUGAAAUUGGUAUUGAGAUGGUGCAUUUAAAAAGGAUCAAUUUUGGAGGCACCGGUAUAUCAUCCAUUCGUUUAAAUCCUGAGGAUCUUGUUCUUGAGGGAUGUACAAACCUUGACAAGUUUCCAGAGAAAAUAGGGGAUAGCGUACAAUCCAUGCCGUCUAAUGUAUUUAUGAAGGAAUCAGAAGUUUCAUCACCUGCAGAAGAACUCUCAUGGCUACCUCCUGCAAAUUUAAGGGUGUCUAAUGGUGGUUGGCCCUCAAUAGCUUUUCCGGCAGUACGAGAGUUGAAUUUUUCCUCCACAUUGGUAGCCUUACAUCUAUCAUGGAGUGGUAUUGUUACCAUUCCUACAUGCAUCAAAAGAUUUGUUAGCUUGAAGGAACUUGGUUUGGAUCAUUGCAAGCAACUUCGAGAAAUUCUAGCAUUUCCACCAAAUACAUAUAGUGGUGUGAAAGCAGAGGGGUGCAUGUCAUUGGAAUUAUAUAAAAAUAAAUGUUGGUUACCAGAGCUUCCGAUAGCAGGACCUGUGGGCAGCGGUAAAGGAGUACUGGAGGCAUCUCUUAUACGAGGACCUGGUCAGAAUAAGCUAUUUAACAUUUUAGUUUCUGGAAAUAAGAUUCCGGACUGGUUCAACUAUUGUAAAGAGGUUUCAAAUAGUACUUCAUGUGAAAUAGAUAUUGAUGUGCCUACAGAUUUGGAUGGGGAGAUCACAAGAAUUGCUUUCUCUGCUGUUGUUGAAGCUGAGUCUUAUAAUUUCAGAAUGAUAGAUGUUUACGUCAUCAGUGGUGGUGUAGAAAUCUUUUGUGGCGGAGAAGGAUUUAGUCGAGGGGGCUCAACUUAUGUAUGGUUGGGUUUCCAUGUUCCAAAAAUGGCGUAUAAUGGUCAUCUGCGAGUUAAAUUUGUUUACACGAGAUUAAAAUCAUCAAUUUGUCCGGAGUUAUUUGAGAUGAAAAGUUGUGGAGUCUAUCUGGUACGUAGGUAUGAAGAGAUGGGCCAGAUGGCGAUAGAUGGUAUUCAAGUUAUUAAGAGACCCCGUGACAAUGAUGACGACGAUGACUGCCCACAACAAAAGAGGCAAUCUUGAAACUUGGGCAUUAGAAUUUCAGACCCAGAGGCAGAGGAAUUCUAGCAUAAGAGAUUGAUCCAAGUUCAUGGGGACAUUGGAUGACAGCAACGGAGGUGAUUGUGGCAGAAUUUUCUUACAUGAUGAGAGUUUGUUUCACCAAAACCGUGUGGAAUUUUUUUCGGUUAUAGGCUCUCACCUUUCUCCUCUUUAGCCAAAAUGGAGAACACACUUAUACUCUAAUUUGAGUUUAUAAUUUAUAUGUAGAAAAUAUGUGAACUUCUCAAAAAUUCUCAAUAUAACAUGUAGACCUCAUUUGUUUGUUUA